CUGCAGCAUUGCUUCCGGCGAUAGAAAUACAGCUUGCGAAAUUUACCGUCAUUCCAACUCGUUCUUGAAGUUUCUUUUGCGGCUUUUUCUUCCUGUGCUGUAGUUGCAAGUGCAGAACGCGGAAUUUUUCAAGCUUUUGAUUUCAUCACUCAAAAGUUCCUGCGUGUUUGCGCGUAUCAGCUAUCGCGAUUGAGGACUAGCUUGCAGAUUAGAACAACUGCAUUCCAUCCCGUUUAUCUUGCAAGUCCUAUUAACCGGUCAAGCAAAAUGAUGCACGCGAUCCGAGCUUCCCGGCAGUUGCAGCGAAUAGCGCCGGCCCUAACGCGAUCCUAUGCCAAGGACCUGAAAUUUGGCAAAGACGCCCGCUUGGCCAUGUUGAAAGGUGUUGAUCUCUUGGCUGAUGCAGUGGCUGUCACAAUGGGACCAAAGGGACGCAAUGUGAUUAUUGAACAGAGUUGGGGCAGUCCGAAGAUUACCAAGGACGGAGUGACGGUGGCCAAGGCGGUGGAGUUGAAGGAUAAAUAUGAGAAUAUCGGCGCUAAACUCGUCCAAGAUGUUGCCAAUAACACCAACGACGAAGCAGGCGAUGGAACCACAGCAGCCACUAUCUUGGCUCGCUCCAUUGCCAAGGAAGGAUUCGAUAAAAUCGUCAAAGGAGCCAAUCCUAUUGAAAUCCGACGAGGCGUUCUUAUGGCUGUGGAGAGUGUCGUCGCCGAAUUGAAAAAUCUCUCGCGAAAAGUCACGUCGCCCAGUGAAAUUGCUCAGGUGGCCACAAUCUCAGCGAAUGGUGACAAAACGAUUGGAGAUCUCAUUUCGAAGGCCAUGGAUCGCGUGGGGCGGGAUGGGGUUAUUACUGUCAAGGAUGGGAAGACUUUACAAGACGAGUUGGAAGUUAUUGAAGGCAUGAAAUUUGAUCGCGGUUACAUUUCGCCUUAUUUUAUCAAUGCCGCCAAGGGCAUGAAAGUGGAGUAUCAGGAUGCUUAUGUGCUGUUCAGUGAAAAGAAAAUCUCCAACAUUCAGCAAAUUUUACCGGCACUGGAAGGGGCACUGGGAGCACGAAAGCCACUGAUCAUAGUUGCCGAGGAUGUUGACGGCGAAGCCCUGAGUACCCUUGUGCUCAAUCGUUUGAAGGGCACAAUACAAGUAGCGGCGGUGAAGGCUCCCGGCUUUGGAGACAAUCGCAAAAAUAUGCUGAAGGAUAUGGCUGUCGCCACGGGCGGAACGGUGUUUGGAGAUGAGGCAGAAAUGUACAAACUGGAAGACUGCAAGAUCUCGGAUCUGGGCCAAGUUGGCGAAGUAACCAUUACCAAAGACGACACGCUCCUGUUGAAAGGACGUGGUGAAAAGAAAGCCAUUGAGCGACGGGUUAAUCAGAUUAAAGAUGAAUUGGACGAUACCACCUCUGAGUAUGAGAAGGAAAAGCUGAACGAACGAUUGGCUAAAUUGUCCGCUGGAGUGGCCGUGCUUAAGGUUGGUGGUACCAGUGAAGUGGAAGUCAAUGAGAAAAAAGAUCGCGUAACUGACGCAUUAUGCGCGACCAAAGCUGCUGUUGAAGAAGGAAUUGUUGCCGGUGGCGGUGUUGCACUGCUGCGGUGCUUACCGGCUUUGGAUGUCCUUAAAGCACAAAACAGUGAUCAGCAAAUGGGCAUUGAUAUUGUUCGUCAAGCCCUACAUGUUCCAUGUCGUCAAAUUGCCUAUAAUGCGGGCGUUGAUGCGGAUGCUGUGGUACAGCAAGUUUUAGCCGGACCGAGGGACCAUGGCUAUAACGCAUUAACCGGCGAAUUUGUUGAUAUGAUUAAAGCCGGAAUUAUCGACCCAACCAAGGUCGUUCGAACCGCCUUGACAGACGCAGCAGGAGUUGCAUCGUUGCUUACAACGGCAGAAGCUGUGGUGACAGAGAUUCCCAAAGAGGAAAAAGAAAUGCCUAUGGGUGGUGGCAUGGGCGGAAUGGGAGGCGGUAUGGGAGGAAUGGGUUUCUAGACAAGUGCUAGUUUGGUUGUUAAUUUGUUUGCGUUGUUAUACUGUUUUACCUGUUCAAGCUGCGUGGUUCAGUGAAUGAUUAUAGUAGUCAUUCUUUAUUCCGUUUCUCAUUUGUACAACAUAUCGUCUCCAUAUUGGGCUGAUUUCCGGCGGUUUUAUAAAGCUAAUAAAUUCUUUGAUGUAUCACAACUAUGCGAACCUAUAAUUUUCGGAGAAGAUAGUUCAAAAAUGCAGAAAGAACAGCGAAACAAAAUCAUUUCGCUCGUAUAGAUAACGGCUUUUGAUCCGGGAUUGAAGCCGCUCCGUAUUUCAGCUUGGCUCGUUUGAGGAAGGCGUUUACCAUCUGACGGACAACUUCGUCGAAAAACAAAUCUGACAUUUUUGUAUAAAGCACAUUUCGAAAUUCAAAGGAAAC